AUGAUUUCCGCUUGGUCGAUUAUUUCGGCUCUUUUCAUACUAGCGUUGGUCUAUGUCUCGGGAUGGACGACGUACACUUUGUAUCUGCAUCCGCUACGCCGGUACCCAGGUCCCAGGCUUGCAGCCAUUUCGCCGCUCUUCCACCUGCUUUGGGAUAUCCAGGGAAGACAGCACUCUGUUAUCAAAGCCCUGCACGAUAAAUACGGGGAUUCGGUUCGAAUUUCCCCCAAUACACUGGUCUACCGAGCUCCGUCUGCUUGGAAAGAUAUCUAUGGUCACCGGCAAAAAGGGCAGAAGACAUUUCUCAAGGAUCCCUCUCUGUAUGCACCGACUCCAAAUGGGGUAAAUGCUAUCAUCACCGCAAACGAGCAUGAUCAUCAGCGUAUGCGCCGUCUUCUGGCACAUGCUUUCUCCAGUAAAGCGCUCAAUGAGCAAGAGGGUAUCCUUCAUACAUACGCCGACAUGCUGGUCGAUAAGCUAGGGGAUUUACUGUGCGAAUCGCCCUCUACAGUCAUUGAUCUAACCCGUUGGUUCGACUUUACUACCUUCGAUUUGAUCGGUGACCUAGCUUUCGGUGAGCCUUUUGACUGUCUUGCCAACAGUACAUAUCAUUGGUGGGUACUCAUCAUUAUGGAUGCUGUCAAGGCAAGUGCGUAUCUGAAAGUCUUCUGGUUUUAUCCGCUUCUGCUUCCAUUCGUUGCUCUGUUAGUUCCAAAGCAUCUUCUCGAGAAACGUACCGCCAGUUUCAAUUUGAGCGUGGACAAAAUGCGCCGCCGGCUCAACAGCAAGGCUACCAGACCCGACUUUACCUCAUAUAUCCUCAAGCAUAGCAAGGGCGGGUUGGGGCUCUCGCCGUCCGAGAUAGAUGCCAAUGCCGCUGUUUUUGUGCUUGCCGGUAGCGAAACAACUGCCGCUCUUCUUUCAGGGUGCAUGUACUAUCUGCUUUGUCACCGUGACAAGUACAACCGACUUGUUCAAGAAAUCCGCGACGCUUUUCAGAAACCUUCUGAAAUCAAGCUAUCACGUCUUUCCGCGCUUCCAUACCUCAAUGCAGUUUUGACCGAGACUCUUCGCAUCUACCCUCCUAUUCCUGCUAUGCUGCCGCGCCUUGUACCAGAAGGUGGAGCCUUGGUCAAUGGAGCAUAUGUGCCUGCCGGUGUCUCGGUCUCGGUCUCUUUGUAUUCUACUUUCCGCGCAUCCACUCACUUCAAACAUGCCGACUCCUUCAUCCCAGAGCGCUGGCUCACCGGCGAGGAGUCCAAGGACUUCGCCUCCGAUAACAAAGAAGCCUUUUACCCAUUCUCAUAUGGACCACGGAAUUGUCUGGGACAGCAUCUAGCUAACGCAGAAAUGCGUCUGAUUCUUACAAAGCUGCUAUGGCAUUUCGACUUUGAGCUUCAAUCAGAAUCCCUGAACUGGGCUCAGCAGAGCUCUUUCUCUCUUUGGUCUCGCCCCGCUCUUAUGGUGAAUUUUGUCCGUGCUGGGGCUGAGGGUUAA